AUGACGAAGUUUCAUGAAGAGUUUUGGCGCGGAUCACUUGGUGAAGCCAACCAUGUAUUUUCUACUUGUCUGCCAAAAGGAGAACUUACCAUAUUGGUUGAAGGGCAAGCAAAUUCUAAAGUUGAACCUCCUUCUGACACCGAGCUUGAGAGUGAACUAAGAGAGUUAAUUGAAAACGGCGAGAGUCUUUCCACGGCUGUUAAACUGGUUACUGGAAGAACAUCAGCGACUAGAAAAACUAUAUAUUCACUUGCUUUAAGAGAAUUUGGUAAGCAACUUGAAACGGAAGAUGAUUUGAGUCGGCAGCAGAUUUUCCUGGAGAGACCGGCAUCAUGUAAAACUGUACACGUACCUGUUGCUCAAUCCUUCAAUUAG